AUGCAAGCCUUUCAGUUCGAAGAGCCAGACGGCGGGCUGCAUCUUCGGAAUGUACCGAUCCCUCAGCCUGGCCCCGGCCAGGUACAGCUACGAGUCAAAGCAGCAGGGCUUUGUCACUCGGACUGCCACAUAUUGAAAGGGAAAGAUGUUGUCAUCCAGACACCUAUUACUCUUGGCCACGAAGUCUCCGGGAUAAUCACAACUCUCGGCCCCGAUGUGAAGGGGUUCAGCCCUGGUGAUCGCGUUAGCGUUGGCCUUUUCUCGUACCCGAUCGAGGUUCGAGAUUGGACUGCGGCCAUUGGUCUUUCAUACGACGGAGGCUAUGCCGAGUACGCGCUGGCCCCAGUGUCACGACUAGUCCGCAUCCCGGACGUCGUUUCAUUUCCUCAGGCUGCAGUAGCGACCGACGCCAUGGCGACAUCUUACCAUGCCGUGGUGAUCGAAGCCGCCGCGCGGCCCGGUAUGACAAUCGGCAUCAUCGGCAUCGGCGGCCUGGGUAUGUCAGGCCUUGGGUUUGCAGCCCUCAAAGGAGCCAACGUGUAUGGCAUCGACAUUGCCGAGUCCAAAUUCAAAGAAGCAAAGAGACUGGGUGCCCGUGGAUGUUUCAAGAGCCUUGACGAUGCUACAGAGGUGGAAUUCGAUAUCUUUGUUGAUUUUGCCGGCACAGGGGAAACGACAAAGGAAGCCAUCGAAACAGUACGCGAAGGAGGCAAAGUCGUAGUUGUUGGGCUGGCAAAUGCGGAGAUCAUGGUUCCUAGCUAUGCUUUGGUUGGCCGUAGUGUCAAGCUGGUUGGAUCAAUUGGCGCGAGCGAAAACGACCUGAGAGAUGUUUUUGAGCUCUUGGCAAACAAGUCCAUCGAGCCUGAACUGAACGAGAUUCCUUUUGCGGAGAUUCCGGCUGGUCUUGAUGCAUUGGACCGAGGCGAGGCGCGGGGAAGACUAUGGGCAGAUCCGAGCAAGAUCAAAUCAGGCCGAAGUAAAUUGUAA